AAAGGGGGAUUUUUGUUGACGGCUUGUCUGUAGGCAAACUGAUUGGAUAAUAUUGGUGCCGGAGAGAUUUGUCCUAUCCAGUGCUGUGACUGGGUUUGAUGGCUUUCUGCCAGGCAGACCGGCAAAUGAAAGUUGAGAACAAGAGAGGCGAUUGAAUCCUCCGGUGUUCUCCAGGAUUUGAUUUGACAGCGUUUUUGAAAGAACUGCGAGUGUACGCAACGCCACCUGAUUGAGAGGCAUAUGUUUUCUGUCUGCACACACAUCCUGUCGUACCGCGGGCGACUUAACGCGUUCUGUGUUGACGCCCCGACAUGGACACCGGGAAAACAUUGGUGAUGCCGCGCGAUUUAGGGUAAUUGUGAAAAGUGAUAUAAUCGUAUUCAUGGUAAAUUAAUUAUGCUAACACCCUCUGACUUCCUCGACAUGAUAAUGGUAAAAUAUCUCUCCGGGUUUUGACGGGCUGACCAGGGACACUCCAGCCAGUUAGGCCAGUUGAGAACAAGUUCUCAUUUACAACAGUGACCUGGCCAACAUAAAGCAAAGCAGUGCGACACAAACAACAACAUAGCUACAAUUUUUCAUGAUGGCCAUAAACAAUAACAGGAAGCUGAUCUAGCAGAAGGCCCAGUCCACAGCCAGCUAGGCAGGAUGACAGAGGGGGUGGAGCUGGAGGCCAGACAGAACCAGUCCCACAGGACCCAGAGGACCAGACAGAACCAUAACCAGGGCGACACUGUCCUGCUGAGGAGGGGUAGUGGAGGAGAGGGCCCCCAUGGGCCUAAGGGACCCGAGGUUAGGGCAGAGAGGUCCAGGGGGUCUGAGGUUAGGGCAGAGGGGUCCAGGGGUUCCAAAGUUGGAGCAGAGGGGUCCAGUGGGUCAGAGGAUGUGGUAGAGACACGGACGUCUCAGGACUGGACCGGGGUGAACCACAGUACUGUGAGGAGGAGCACAGACAGUGACUCAGAGGAGCAGGAGGAAAACGAGGAGGAGGAUGGUUCCCUCCAACACCACCACCUUACUGGGUUACCACCCCACAAUGGCCCAACUGGAGAACCAGGGGCUGGGCUGUCUGGGAACGGGUAUGCCCAACAGGUGGCCCCGGAUGGGGGCUGGGGCUGGGUAGUCCUGGUGGCUACUAUCCUGGUCCUGGCUCUAACGCUGGCCUUCCCUUCCUGUAUUGGCAUCUUUUACACGGAGCUACAGGCUGAGUUCAGCUCCAGCAACACAGAGACGUCCUGGGUGCCUGCUAUCAUGACUGCUGUGCUGCACGCUGGUGGUCCACUAUGCAGCGUUCUCGUGGAACGCUUUGGUUGCCGGGUAACGGUGAUGGUGGGAGGGGUUCUGAGUGGACUAGGCAUGGUGGUCAGCGCCCUGGUCAGAACCAUCACAGAACUCUACAUCACCAGCAUCAUCGCAGGGUUGGGGUUCUGCCUGUCCUUCCAGCCCUCUGUGACCAUGAUGGGCCACUACUUUUUGAGGCGGCGGGCGUUUGCCAACGCCAUGUCGUCCACCGGCACGGCCCUGGGCCUCAGCACCUUACCCCUGCUGGCCAACUUCCUGCUGGGCCAGUUUGGCUGGAGAGGCAGCUUCCUGGUCCUGGGAGGGCUGCUGUUGAACUGCUGCGUGUGUGGCGCUGUCAUGAGGCCCCUGGGGGCCAAACACAGUGGAGCCCAGAGGACACUCACUAACAAGGCUGCCCAGGGGCUCAGCAAGCAACCAAUCAAAGGUCCUCUCCAACAGGAGAAGGAGGGAAUUAAGACAAGACUUAGGACAGCGUUCAGUGACCUUGUCGUGUUCCUACGGAGACACAUGGCCUUUGACCUGUUGGUCAGUAACCCUCGUUACCGUGUCUACGCCCUGGGAGUGACGUGGAUGAUGUUGGGGUUUGUAGUUCCCCUGGUCUACCUGGUGCCCUAUGCUACAGCCAAUGGUAUGGAACAGGACCGAGCCGCGCUACUGAUGGCCGUACUGGGCCUGGUUAACAUUGCUGUGAGACCCGUGGCGGCUGUCUUCUUCGGCCUGCCGCGCUUCAGGGGCAGUGGCUGUUUUGUGUAUGUGUUUGCGGUAGCCCUCCUGGUCAACGGGCUGAGUAACAGUAUCUGUGGUGCGGCCGCCACCUUCCCCGUGCUCCUGAUCUACGUGGUCAUCUUUGGUCUGUCCAUGUCUGUGAUUGGCUCUCUGCUCUUCACGGUGCUGAUGGAGACGGUGGAGAUGAGCCGGUUCCCCUCUGCCCUGGGUCUCAUCAGUAUGUUAGAGAGUGGAACACUGCUGAUUGGACCGCCGCUCGCAGGCAUGUUGGUGGACAGUACAGGACACUACUCUUAUGUGUUCUAUGCCUGCAGUGUGACUGUCUCCUCCUCUGGCCUCUUCCUCAUCGCAGCGUUCUACUAUCUGGACAGACAGAAGAAGAGGGAAGAGAAGAAGAGAGCAGGUCCUCCUGCUGCUGCGUACCAACAGAAGCCUGCUAUCAGCGUAGUCCCUGACUGCCAGUACAGCCAUGUUCCUUCUACACAUGGAGGGAGAUCAGCGGACACUGUUUGUGUCAGCAACGUGUGACUUACUAUUAUGCACGUGUGUGCAACCCAGUAAGACAAGCUGUCUACCUGCCUGCCUUAGAAUUACAUCUAGAAUGAGAAUGAAGUGAGGAGGUAGCCUUCCAUGAGCCUUGGCCUCACUGUGUAACGCCUCACUAUGAUGAAUCAAUGAAGGAUCUCUGUGGUGUCUGCUGUCUUCAGUGGGAAGAACUGGGAGGUAAUACAUUCACUACUGUUAUCAUCACUGUGAUUCCUAUGUAUGUACGUAUGUACGUACACAGGCAUUCACAACACAGGGUAGACGCUACAGUAGGACUGUUUAACAUACGGCCCACUAGUAGACGCUACAGUAGGACUGUCUAACAUACGGCUCGUAGUAGACGCUACAGUAGGACUGUCUAACAUACGGCCCACUAGUAGACGCUACAGUACUAACAACAAUCUCAAUCAACAUUUAAAUGAUUAAAACCAACCCAUAACUAUUUAGAAAUGAUAAUGGACCUAAAUGUAGUCUCUUCACUCUGUCCAGCUAGCUAACAGUUAUCAUAAUGGAAGCUACAUUUAUAGUUUCUUCACUCUGUCCAGCUAGCUAACAGUCAUCAUAAUGAAAGCUA